AGGAAGGGCUGCCCUAACUACCUCGUUCGGAAUGUUCAAAUACAUGGCGUUGUAUAGUAUGAUUCAAUUUGUUACUGCUAUGAUGCUGAACACUUUUGGGUCUUACUUAGGUGAUAUUCAUUUUUUAUACAUUGACAUUGUUCUCUGCACGUCUGUUGUCGUUUUCAUGGGUCGGAACAAACCGUUUAACCGCAUUUCAAUGCGCAAGCCUAUUACACAUCUGAUGUCGGUUCCUAUUGUCUUUAGUUUCACUAGUCAAACGGUUGUACAAGCAAUAUUCCAAACUAGUUGUUACUUCAUCCUCAUUUUACAACCUUGGUUUGUGCCUCUUGAACCAGAUACAUCUUCAAAGAAUAUUCUGUGUUUUGAAACGACAACACUCGUGAUUUAUUCCUUCUUCCAAUAUAUUAUAAUGGCGUUCCUAUUUACCCCUGGAAAGCCAUUCCGUACACCCAUGUAUAAGAAUAAACCCUACACUAUAUCUUUCAUCGUACUGACGUUAUUUACUUUGAUGUUGUUAUUUGUACCACCAGAGCCUAUCAAUAAGUUCUUUGAGUUUGUUGAGUUGCCGAGUCCAAAAAAAGUAUUUCAGAUGGAGUUGGUAGCGUUGCUCCUAACCAACAUAUUAGUAUCUGCCUUCAUUGAACAUUGUGUAGUUACCAAUAACAGAAUAAUGAACUUAGUAGCGUGUCGAUGUUUGAGGAAGAAAACCAAAACCGAGGACCAGGAUGCAUAUAGACUGACCGAGAUUAAUAUUGAUAGACAAACAUUUUGAGAUACUAAAACAAAAGUUUCGUCUGACACCCUGAUGAUAUUUAUAGAAUUUUUAGAUUGUUGUCGGUGUUUACAUUUGAAUUAUGUAUAUUUCAGCAGCAACGUGGUGUCGAAUGCAAGACACUGCUUUCCCAAAGGUUAUGGUUUUUAUUAACUAACUGGCCACUGUGGCUUCGUUGGGAAUUCAAAUGCAGUUGUAAGAAACUACUUUCAUUUAUAUAUGCGCAAUUUUUUUUAUUAAUUAACGCACAACGAAUAACAGAUGUAAGGAACAUUUUCUUCAGCAUUUUAAACGACAAGGCAUAUCUGAGAUCUUUUUAAACUUCAUGUAACAUGUAAGGGAAUAAACUAUAAAUCGGGAAAAAGUAUGUUAUGUAUAGGCCUAUAUAUAUAUACAUAUAUAUAUAUAUAUAUAUUAUAUACAGUAUAUAUAUAUCGUUUAUAUAUAUAUAUAAUAUAUCGUUUGAAUAGUAUUUAGUGUUUCUAAAGUUAAAAUAAUACUGACUAUUUAUUACCCGAUUAGCAUUAUUAAAUAUAGUCCUAAUCUUUCUUUUCUGCAUUUUGUGUUUAUAGGCUCCUACCUUAUUCUGUUAUCUUUUAAGUAGUCUGAUAACAACCUGAGUAUAAAUAAAGUACAAAGUGUCAAGCAACGCA